UUUGCCAGGUAAAGAAAGAAAAAAUUAAGAGCUCCUGCUUCAGAAGCUGCUCCAAGCUCGCCGUACCCCGCCAUCCACUCCACUUGCUUGGCACCUGGGCGGGCACCUUCAUUCACGACAAGCCAGAGAAAUCCUCCCCGCCUCUACUUCUAUUCUAUCUUCCUUCACCACCUCUUGCUGCUGAGACUGCAUUCCAGCAGUACACAUCAAACAACAUCCUUUUCUAAAUAGACUUUACUCUGAUCCACCGUCACAAUGGCAGCUCAAGCUAUUAAGAGUGCUCUGCCUUCCCAUCUCAAGCCACAUGGUAAUGGCGACGAAUUCCAGGCCCGUCACCAUGGCAAAACGCGAUCUCACAUGGCUUUCGAGAACACUUCGACCAACAUCGCCGCCGCUCAGAUGCGGAACUCUCUGACGGAGCUUGCCGAGACGGUCAAGGACCCUAACGAGAAGAAGCUCUUCGAGACCGAGAUGGACAACUUCUUUUCGCUCUUCCGCCGCUACUUGAACGACAAGUCCAAGGGCAACGUUGUGGACUGGGAUCGCAUUGCUCCUCCUGCCCAGGGCCAAGUCGUUGACUAUGAAGACCUGGCCAACUCGGAAUCCGUCUCCUUCCUCAACAAGCUUGCUGUCCUAAAGCUGAACGGUGGUCUCGGUACCUCCAUGGGCUGUGUUGGACCGAAGUCAGUCAUUGAAGUCCGUGAUGGCAUGUCCUUCCUGGAUCUCUCUGUGCGCCAGGUCGAGUACCUCAACCGAACAUACGACACAAACGUGCCCUUCAUCCUGAUGAACUCGUUCAACACUCAUGAUGACACUGCCGCCAUCAUCAAGAAGUACGAGGGCCACAAUGUCGACAUCCUCACCUUCAACCAGUCGCGAUACCCUAGAAUCCUUAAGGAUUCGCUUCUGCCCGUCCCCAAGAGCUUCGACUCCCAGAUCACCGACUGGUACCCUCCUGGCCACGGUGACGUCUUCGAGUCCCUGUACAACUCCGGUCUUCUUGACAAGCUGAUUGACCGUGGCAUCGAGAUCAUCUUCUUGUCCAACGUUGACAACUUGGGUGCGGUCGUUGAUCUGCGCAUCCUGCAACACAUGGUGGAGACUAACGCCGAGUACAUCAUGGAGUUGACCAACAAGACCAAGGCUGACGUCAAGGGUGGCACCAUUAUCGAUUACGAGGGUUCCGUCCGGCUUCUCGAAAUUGCCCAGGUCCCUAAGGAGCAUGUCAACGAGUUCAAGUCCAUCAAGAAGUUCAAGUACUUCAACACCAACAACAUCUGGAUGAACGUGAAGGCCGUUAAGCGCGUUGUUGAGAACGAUGAGCUCGAGAUGGAGAUCAUCCCCAAUGGCAAGUCCAUCCCUGGCGACAAGAAGGGCGAGUCCGACAUUUCUAUUGUCCAGCUUGAGACCGCUGUUGGUGCUGCCAUACGUCACUUCCGCAACGCCCACGGAGUCAACGUGCCGCGUCGUCGCUUCUUGCCAGUCAAGACUUGCUCCGACCUGAUGUUGGUCAAGUCUGAUCUGUACGCCCUGAAGCAUGGUCAGCUCCAAAUGAGCGCUAACCGAUUCGGUGACGCGCCGCUUAUUAAGCUGGGUGGCGACUUCAAGAAGGUCUCUGACUUCCAGAAGCGCAUCCCAUCCAUUCCCAGAAUCAUUGAGCUUGACCAUCUCACGAUAACUGGAAACGUCAACCUUAGCAGGGGUAUCACCCUGAAGGGCACGGUCAUCAUUGUGGCCACUGAGGGUGCCACGAUCGACAUCCCCCCUGGUUCCAUCCUCGAGAACGUGGUUGUGCAGGGUAGCUUGCGUCUGCUCGAGCACUAGUGUAUUGUUAUCUGGCAUUAUUCUUUGGCUUCUCACUUAGGUUUGGUUCUUCAGACGAGGCUACGUCUGUCUUCGAGUUCACGGCUUGUCUUGCCCUACGUUGAUUGGGGCUGACUAAUAGAGGAGGCUACAUGUGGUGUAGAUAGCGGAACACCUGAUCAUAAGAACGCACCUUGAAGUGCGGUAGGACUACCUAAUACAGUG